AGCCAGGACCUUAGGAUCCUCUUAGCCAAAUUAGUUGUUCUGAUCCCUCAAAUGGUGAGCUCUAACCUCAACAACAAUGCACUGGGAAACAGUGUGGUUGGUUCAUCUGUGUGCCAUAAGCAAUCAACACUACCGAUGAAAAAGGUAGCAUUGAGAGAUGUACAGAAUGAUAAUAGGAGCUUUAUGCCAAAUUAUCCUGAGAAUUUGUUUCUAGGACGACCAGUCGCGGAUCCCAUUAAGGUUUUGGGAACUAAGAUACUCAACCCUGAGUUGCCACGGAGCCCACCUUGUCACCAAUUCACGAGCAUCAGCAGUGCAAGUGAUCAGCUCAUGCAUGGCGGUGGUGCGAGGAAGUUAGAGUCAGCACUAGGCAAGCGAAGAGUUCAAGGUGCGACAGAACAAAAUACUUACUCUCUCAAUUUCAAACGAUAUUGUUCGCAAAAGCAGCAAGAUCUACCUAGAGACAGAACCAAGAAGCAGGAACAUGAGACAUCUGCGUUUGCACCAAUGCCUUCGGCUUCUCCGGUUAAAUUUUCACCUGGUAAACCACCAGUUCCAAUUUUUCUUGGAAAGCCCAGUAAUGGUUUGCCAGCUGCUCAUUCCAGGCACCUUAGAUUCACUCCUGAAUCUCUGGUUCCUCACUUGGUUGGUUCUGAGAAGAACCAUGAUGAGAAAAGGACAGAAGGGUUUCUACAUUUGCAGAACCUCUUGAAGCAAUUUGAUGAUUCUGAUCAGAGAGAUUACAUCCAGACGCUUCGUUAUUUAUCGCCAUCUGAGCUUAGCAGACAUGCCGUUGAGCUAGAGAAAAGAUCAAUGCAGCUAUCAGUUGAGGAAGCAAAAGAGAUCCAAAGGAUGAUGGCUCUAAAUAUAUUGGGGAAGUCUUCAAUGACAAGCAAUUUUUUAUAG